CCUGCGAUGGCGGAUCUAUCUCCAAAAACUUUGCGUAUAAGUUCGAUUGUAGUUUGAAAGUUUUAUAGUCUUUCUUCGUCAUUAGGGCAUAUUCUGAUCGUUGAAAAACAAACUAUUAUUUGAACAGUUCUCAGUAAAAAAAUAAAACAAAUAUCAUGUAUCUCUGAAGUUCAUCAGUUACUUCUUAAUCAAACAGAUACAGCUAGAAGUUAUUAUUUGUAAUCAGUCAUAUCUAUAGUGUUAAGAAAUCCAUGGCCAAUUCAGUAACUCAGCAAGGCCAGUCACCGAAUCCAGCCUAUUCUCAAUUACAAGUUACCAUUUCUUCUGCUAAAUUAAAAGAUAAUGGUGGCUGGUUUAGUGGAAAGGCUGACCCUUAUGUGGAAUUGAUAGUAGAUGGUCAUCCACCACGAAAAACUGAGGUUGUCAAAAAGACAUGGACACCGCAAUGGAAUGAACAUUUCACAGUACUGGUGACUCCCCGUACAAAAUUGGAAUGUAAAGUGUUAAACCACUUUUCUGUGAAAAGUGAUGUGGUACUUGGUUCUUGUAAUAUUGAAAUACUGCCUUUAUUGCAGAAACACAAUGGAAAGUUGCAUAAUGUUACAUUGAAACAAGAGCUGAAAUCUGAGAGUAAGAAUGGUCAAACCAAAGGUGGUGACUUACAUGUUACAUUGGAUGGUAUGACGGUACCUUCUGAAGUGUUAUCAAGAUUUACAAAUGGCACCCAAGCAAAUGGGGAUGUAUCACACAAUCAGUCACAGUCUGGUACACAAGCGAUGCCGUCGUCAUCGGGUACCAGACCACGUACUAAUCCAGGUGGGUCUAGUAACAAAUCACGUCGGCAAGCACCAGCACCUCCCAGGCCCCCGCCUCCUUCAAAUGAAAGUCGAUCUCGGUCGGGAUCUGGGAGAGCCACUCCGGCUUAUACUGCAACAGCUGCCGUUACAUCAGGCACAACAACGACUUCAACAGCAACAUCCACAUCAUCAAAUGCAGACAGUACAACUACAGUCUCCAGUUCAGGAGCACCUAGAUCUAAUGCACCAAUUACAGUUGAUGUAAAUAAUCAACAAUUACCAGCAGCUUGGGAGAUGAGAAUAGAUCCACAUGGAAGACCAUAUUAUGUUGACCAUAAUACCCAUACCACUACAUGGGAAAGACCACAGCCUCUUCCACCUGGUUGGGAGCGACGUACAGAUCCAAGGGGUAGAGUUUAUUAUGUAGAUCAUAAUACUAGGACCACAACGUGGCAGAGGCCAACAGUAGAUUCCGUAAGGAACUUUGAACAAUGGCAACAACACCGAACUCAAAUGCAAGCAGCUGCCAUGCAGCAAUUUCAACAACGGUUUAUUAUCCCG